AUGAAGCGGGCUCGAGUGAGAACUGUUUCCAGCAACCCCCCUAGCUCCAAGUCUGGUGCCCAGGUAGGCUGUGGGAUCCCUGACGGCUGGUCCCAUGCCUGCAAUGGGGCGGGGCCACGUCCUUUCUUGAUACAUGGAGGCGGAUCAACCAAUACACGGGAAGGUGGGGGGUAUCCGAGGAUUUCCAUGCCCAUCCGUACACACAUGCACACCGAUGUCCAACCCCAUGUCGAUGGACCUCCAUGGAACUGCAGGAGGAGCCCAGAGGUCCCCGAAGACCCAAAUCCGCGUUUCUGUGCUUCCUGUCGCUGUAUCGGUGAGUCGAGGUGCUGUGCGGGGCAGCCUCCCCAUGCCCGGACCCGGCGCCGACUGUCAUCGUACCGAUCAUGUAGGCCCCCUGACCCACCGCUCCCGUCCCUUCGCAGAUCUUUGUACAAGUCGAGCGUGGGCUCGGCUUUCUCCCACCAGCGCACGCUAUGCGCCGCGGCGGGGGAAGCCUGGCGCGCCAUGCCCCACGACCAGCGGGCGCCCUUUGUGCGAGAGUCGGAGGCCAGUAAGCUGGAGUGGUCCCGGUAUAUGGGAUCCCAGGGGCGCGUACGGAAGCGCAAGAUGAAGGUCCAGCUGCCGGUCGUGGAGCAGCGGGACGCCACCCCCUCCCAGGCAUCUGCCAGCGUCAGCUCCAGGGGCACCGCCAGCCCUGGCUGCGCCGGUUCGGAGCUGGCAGACACGCAGUGCCGGGCGCCCUCCAGCCGCGACCUGCACCGCCAGGCCUCGGCCCAGGUGGAAACUGCCGCGCCCACCCCCGCGCCGCGCCCGGCCGCGCUGGACCUCAUCUUGCCCAGCUACCCAGUGCCCUGGUCGAUCAGGGAGUACGAGCUCACCCGCCUGCGCGGCACCCCCCUGCGCCCCUUCCCCCCCUCGCGCUCCCUGGGCCGGCCGCCCAGCGGUCACUACGCCGGCAGCGGCGCGGACUGCGGCCUGUGGUCGCCAGUGCACCGCUCCGACUCCUCCCACCUCGCCCCCGCCGCCUACCCCGGCGCGCCGCUCGCACCCUGGCUGCCCCUGGCCGACCGCGCCGAGGGGGGGUUGGGGCCCGGGCUGGACGUGGCCGCCGCCAGCCUGGGGAUGUGGCGGCAGGAGGAGGGCUGGAACCCGGAUAUCCUGCACCUGGAUUCCACCGACCCGCUGCCGCUGGGCGGGCCGGAGGCCUUCUCCGGCAUGUGGGAGGUGCUCUGA